GGAAAAUGGAGGAGGGGUCACCAGGGAAGGCGGAGUCAGCACCGGAGGCGAGCUCGAGCUCGGAGGCGAGGAAGGCCGCGAAGUCAUCGCUCCCGCUUGACGACGACGGGGACGGGGACGGCGCCUCGGUGAGGCUCAUGAGCGCGGCACCAAGGGCAGAACCGCAGAAGGGUUGGUGAGACUGGAGGGCGCUUGGGAGAAGCUGUGAGGAACCCUGGCAGGGACGUUUGGCGAGGGCGGUGGCGAAGGCCCGCAGGGACGGAGGCGGCCGGGUGCGACGGUCGUGGCGUCGGCCAGGGAACCCUAGCACCUCAUGGAGGCGGCCUGCAGCAUUUGGCGACGGCGAGGAAGGAAGCUACGGUGUCUGACCGGAGCAGAGGUGAGAAUGUUUCUAGAAGCACAAGGCGUCUGCAACGCCAUCGCGGCGGCCCACGGCGGCAAUCGGCGAAGGUGAGGCACGAAGGAUCAGAAUUUUGGAGGCGAGAGCGAGAUGCCGAGAGCCUGCAGGUUGCGGCAUGGAGAGGGAGGGGGCAACGGGCGGACGCAACUCGUUCUGUAUUCUGCUGGAUUGAAUGCUAUUCGGGUCCGAGCCCACGCCACGUGUUGGCAUGCGCUGCCUGCCGUGCGCGUGAAAUGCGGGGGUGGCUUCAAUCCAUAGUGUCUUUUAACUAAAGGUAAUCUCUCCUCCUGAUUUCCUUCUCUCCUUUCCUUUUUGCUCCGAUCCGAUCCGAUCAAUGACCAAGUCGAAGGGUGGUUCGGUGGACGCGCGCACGCUGGUGGCGCACGUCCUGGCAGCGGGCACCGUCGUGCUGGUGCUCCUGUGGUGCAUCCACUUCCGCGGCGGUGCUCUCUGUGGAGGCGCUGACGGUCCGCGGUAAAGGGCUGGACUAUCUGUGACCUGGGCGCAGGAGCAGCUCCUCCUCUGCGUACAUCCGGAUAGUCCGCAUUUGAGACUCGAACGGUCCGCGAUGGCGCAGAGUAUUGUCUUCUUUGCAGCAGACCUAUAUCUUGCCUCCCGAGAGGGAUCCCGCUGAGGAGGAGAGAUCCUAUGAUGUGUCUUGACGUCGACAGGCCACUCAAGACGUCUCUAGUCGACGUAGAGCCAAAGAGAUAUGAAGAUUCAAGGUAGAGAAAGGCUAAACUAGAGCUACUCCUAAUACAUAAGGUAAAAACAAAAAGUAAAGUUGAUUGGAUCGAUCGUGGGGUUCAAUCGGUUGUAGGCCUUCAUCUGUAUAAGAAGGAAGGUCUGAACCCGUUACAAGUCGAAUCUCAAGUUAGUCCCGCAGAUUUAGCUAACAAAUUCCGAAAUCCGGAGCCCUAACUGGUUCUGCAUGCACGCGGACGGUCCAUGUCGCUACGGCUAUACCAUCCCCAGGAUCAAACCGUCCGCCGGACUUGUUCGACAGCUUGAAAAUAAUGUCUUUUUUUUUAAUUUCUCUCUUUUGAUUGAGGAGUCUCCUGCUCGACUGUUAUAAAAUGUUUGGAAAUCUACCGAAACCAACAGGCUGAAGAGAGAGAGAUUGUUAAUUGUUUGGAAGAGAAAAAAAUAAAGACAGAUCGAAAAGGGAUUAUAGUAGCUGGGUUUGGUUUGUGGCUGGCUGGCUGGCUGGAUACCACACCGGUAAUAGCGGCCGAGAGAGCAACCACGUCCACGGCCAUUUAACUGUCAUCUCUCCUCCUGAUUUCCAUCUCUCCUUUCCUUUUUGCUCCGAUCCGAUCCGAUCAAUGACCAAGUCGAAGGGUGGUUCGGUGGACGCGCGCACGCUGGUGGCGCACGUCCUGGCAGCGAGCGCCGUCGUGCUGGUGCUCCUGUGGUGCAUCCACUUCCGCGGCGGCCUCGCCCUCCGCUCCCAGGACAAGCCGCUCAUCUUCAACGUCCACCCCGUGCUCAUGGUCCUCGGCCCCAUCGUCCUCGGCGGAGAAGCCAUCCUCAGCUACCGCUCUCUCCCGCUCGCCCGCGACGCCAGGAAGAAGGUGCACCUGGCGCUGCACGCCGCGGGCCUCGCUGCGGGCGUCCUCGGCGUCUACGCCGUCUUCAAGUUCCACGUCGAGAGCGGCAUCCCAAACCUCUACUCGCUGCACUCCUGGGUCGGCAUCGCCGCCAUCACCCUCUACGGCCUCCAGUGGACCGCCGGGUUCCUCGCCUACUUCUUCCCGGGCGCCUCCCCCGCCACCAGGCGCAGAACGCUGCCGUGGCACGCCGUCUUCGGCCUCCUCGUCUUCGUGCUCGCCGUCGGCACCGCGCAGCUGGGCUUCCUCGAGAAGCUCACCUUCAUGCAGGGCCCGCCACUGCGCCUGCCCAAGUACGGCGCAGAGGCGCUGCUCGUCAACUUCACCUCCGUCACCGUGCUCCUCCUCGGCGUCGCCGUCGUGCUUGCCAUCGUCGAUAUUGACGGGACCCGGUACAACACCAUCAUCUGACUCAGCGUCAAGCUGCUGCAUGCUACUAUAUCAGGGAUCGAUGUUGCCUGUGGUGUACAGUACAGAUUUAUAUGUUUGUCCCGUGUUUCUGUGUGACUAAACUAAAUAUCAUAAAAAAAUAUUAUAAGUUCUUUGCAUGGCGUGCAUGGGUUUAGAUCUCUGAGGAGGCAUAUGUAUAUUUUGCCCUAAAUAAUUUCAAGUUCAAGGGAGGAAUGACGUAUGGAUUCUCUCGUC